CUUAUUCAUAGAUAACGCUGAGAGCGAGCAAAAGCUCAACUAAAUAAAGCGCAGCUUUGACCCAACAGUAGCAGCAGUUAACAUCAGAGAUCUUCACAGCUUAUUCACAACUAGAAGCUCAAAGGUUGCGGACGAUAACGACAAUACACCAAAACAACGGUAAAAUGUUGAACUUAAAGCAUUUAUUGUUAGUGAGUCUGUUUUAUAUGGCACACGCUGCGGAUUCCGAUAUAACAAAAUUUAUGAAGCACCUGGAAGUAAUACCUGACGUAAUCGCGGAAGGACCAAAAGACUUUUUAAAAGUGAGCUUCGACAGCGGUGUAGUGGCCGAUAAGGGCGUAGAGCUGACUCCGACACAAGUAAAGCACCAACCGAAAGUGGAAUGGAAUCCUGAAUCGACUGAUACCUUCUACACACUAAUUAUGACCGAUCCGGAUGCUCCUAGUCGUGCUAAGCCUGAGAUGCGCGAAUGGCAUCAUUGGUUGGUGGUCAAUAUUCCCGGCAAUAGUUUGGACAAGGGUGAAGUACUGUCGGCAUAUAUUGGUUCUGGCGCACCGAAGGACACAGGAUUGCAUCGUUACGUAUUCUUGCUCUACAAACAACCAAAGAAACUGGAAUUCACUGAAACUCAUCUCACGAAUACAAGUGCUAAGGGUCGUGAGAAUUUUUCAACAAAGAAUUUCGCUGAGAAAUAUGGACUAGGCGCACCAGUUGCUGGAAACUUCUUCCAAGCUCAAUAUGAUGAUUAUGUACCGGAACUCUAUAAGCAAUUAGGAUUUUAAAGUUGCACUUGAAAUGGCCCAAGUCGAACGGUUAAAGAAAAUACUUGUUUAGAAAUAGUUUUUUUUUGUUUCUUCUAUCGGUUCGAGCCGUUAAGCCAGUUUCACACACAAACAUACAAAUCUUAUUUUAUGCACCUACUCGCCCACUUAUAUAAACAAAUAUGCACGUAUGCGUCUAGGUUUGUAUUUAGCUGCAUAUUCACAUUGAUUAACAGUUUCCAAAGUAGUGCAUAAAUUAUAAUUUGAAUAUUUAUGAAAGUAAGAAGUGAUGAAAGUGAAAAUAUGGAUUGGCUGGUUGGAAACAAGGUGCUGGCUUAAUAGACAAGGUCAGCGGCGGUCUGCUUAGUAGACGACUAUUAAUGAGCAAACCCAAGAGUUAUUUAAGCGGCUAUUAAUUGCGAAACUGGUUCAUAACGUAAUAGAUCUUAUAAGCCUAUAUAUGACAAAUCGGCAUGUAUUUUUAGUAUACACACAUUAUAUUUAAUUCACUAUCUCCAGAAAAAAUAAAAACAAUUUAAAAAGCGCAAA